AUGGUGUCUCAAGAUAACUGGGGAGAUUUCAAGUUUGAAGAUAUACAGGCAAACAGCUUCCUCUCGUUGCGCAACAACAUCAAAGAGCGCAUUUGUCGAUUCCUACCAGAGAGAAAGGAUCUGUAUCAAGCCUGUCUCAUUCACCCGCAAUGGAGAAUUGCAGCGCAGAGAAUCCUAUGGGAAAAUGUUCAGUUUGUAAAGCCUGAAAACCUCAGAAUCUUCCUCAGCGCCAUUCACAGCAACAACAUGGCAGCAUUGCUUGUCAAGAGCGUUCAGCUGGUGUUUGUUGAUCACGAUGAAGAGACUCCUUUUCCACCCAUUGCUAAAUCAAAGCUUGAAAGACACAGACCCAGCACGCUUAGCAACUUGGCCAUCAUCACCAGCAUUGCCUCUGUCUGCGAGAACAUCACCCAUAUCACCAUCUACGGCUUCAAACUUGGAUUGCAGGACAUUGAACAGUUAUCUGCUUAUGCUAGAAAUCUAAAGAGUUUGGCCAUCAUUGGCGCUCCUGAAAGGGUGCCUGUCAACCUCAACACCCUGUUGCCUCGUUUGACAACCUUGCGUUUGGAUGGCCCCUUCAAAUUGACGCCAGCUUGGGCUACCUCCAUUGCUCAGAAAGCCAGCAAUUUGUCUUGUUUGCAAUUCUCUUUGGAGGGCAUUCAGGCUGCUACUUUGGACGCUAUCUGUGCAUCUGGUCUAAACUUGACGGAACUCACGCUGACAGAAGCCUUCCACUUGAACGAUGCCUACGUCCACCAGGCUUUCAAGAGUUUCCCGCGUUUAAGACGGUUCCGUGUCGAAUCCUGCGUCAAGCUGACCAGUGUCUCCAUUGCUCACGCUGUUCUGCUCUGCCCCGAUUUGCUCGAUUUGGAGAUUCGUGCUCAUACCGUCUCUGGUCCCAACAACAACUACCACAACUUGCGUGAUGUCUUGGACAAUGCAUAUGAUGGUGCUGUAUUUGCAAACCCCACACGUUUGGUGCUGCAGAACAUGUACAUCACGGAUGAAGAGUUGCACCACCUGUCAAAAUUUUUUAUGCAGCUCAAGUAUCUGGGUAUCUCUGGCUGCCGUGAAUUGACAAACUCUUGCUUUCAGGAAUUCGUGAUUGCUGAAGACUUUCGCUUCUUGCGAUCGUUGUCUAUCCGAGAUUGCCCUUUGAUUGACUCCAACCUGUUUGGCCUCAUGAUCAAGUCUCGAGAAAUCUGUCAGUCCCUGAUGCACGUCUAUUUCGAAUCUUGUGGCGAGAUUGAUUUGCAUGACAUUUAUCAGCUCUGUGUCAAUUGUUAUCAAGACAACCUGCGAGAGGUCAAACUGGUCCACUAUGAACACUUGGCCGACACGGUGCUCGGAUCCUUUAGCGAAAUCGAAAGCAGAAGAGCGCUGUUACUCACACGCAGAUCCAUUGACGCACUGGCACAUUCCACAGACCAUGUGCUGACAAAAUCUCUUCCUGAGAAUGUAACAUUAACCGGAAAACAGCUCAUUCGCCUUGCGGAUCACCUGAAAAUGACAGUGAGAGCGUUAGACGAAUUAAUCGCUCAAGUUAUUAAACAGGAUGAACAGGCAAUACUGCUUGAUUAUACCGAUGCCAAUACGCCUCAAACUUCCCGUAAUCGCUUAAUGGCCUUAAGAGCUCCCAGUCGCAUUGACAACCGCCCCUCCACACCGGCCGUGUGGUCCCACGAUGAAGCAAAAAAUGGCAUAAUCGUUGGUGCUCCCCCAAAAAAUAGACUUGCAAAUUCAGCACAUCUUACAAAUCAGCUCACUUAUCAAGAUGAACCAACUUAUCAAGAUGAAAAAGACGAUGAAGAAGACGAGGAAGACGAGGAAGACGAUGAUGGAGACAGUUUUGAACAUGUUCAUGACAACGAGACAAGCUGUGGUGAUGAUCAGAAUGAAGACGACGAAGAAUUAUCCAGCCAAAGUGACAAAUCUCAGUCCAGUUGGAGUAACAACAACAACAACAACAACAACAACAACAUGGUCAACAGUGAAUUCCACCCCGAAGGAAACCUGGGCGGCUGGGGUGCUCCAGUCAACGACAAUUGGGCUACACCUUCCACCUCCACUUCAUUGUUGUCUAACAAAAUGUCAUUAAAAGAUGUGCAAGAAGAGCAAAAGCCACAGCAAUCAUUCACCAAUCAAAACUAUUGGACAUCAUACACAGAGGAUGCAUAUCAGAAUGAGUGGAGACAAAGCCCCUUGGAGCAUAAUACCACUCAUCAAAAAAAGAACCUCACAUUUGGCCACUAUCGAAACGCACCAAAGGUGAUGGACAGCGAUGGCUGGGGACAUACAACAAAUAAUAUUGGAUGGGAUGAUUACGAUCAGCAAGGCUAUGUAAAGGACAUCAUUGCAAAGCAACAAAACACUGAUUUCUGGAUCCAGACAGUACCUGGUAAAUGGGUUGUCGCUUCUGGUCCCUCUGCUUCCAAGGACAACACUGCCACUACACCUACCACCAACGCCUCUCAUCGUCGUAGAUCGCCCAAGAGCAACCAAGCACCCAGCAAAAGCCGCAAACUUGAUUCUUCGUCCGAGGACGAGGAUCAAUACAAUUAUACAUCGACUGCUGCCACUCCUCAUACCUCUUUUCACGGUGUGGUCCCCAACAAAGCUCGUCAUCGAUCCAACUCUGUAGUAAGCCGUGAUGAUAGCAUUGAUUGGGACGAAGAUGAUAACCAAGUUCAAAUCAAGGUACAUGCCGACUUCCCACCACUACAGAGAGCUGCCUCUGCCAAGAACCGUGAUCAAGACACUACGCAUUGGAGCAAUGCCACAGAAUGGCAAGUCAAAUCAGCUCGAAAUAUUGCUGCUACUACUUCUCAUCAUGCUCCUACUACACCUACUGCUACCACGCCCACUCCUCGCUUCAGCAGAAGAGCCACUACACCUCGCAACAACAACAGCAGUAGCAAUACCAGUAGCAAUGUUGUCAACAAUAACAAUAACAAUAACAAUACCAGUGAUAAUUCAUGGUGGGACUAUGCUACCAAGAGCGCUGAUUCACCACCGCCUGCACCUUUGCGUAAGGUCGCGCCUCCUCCUCCUUCUCCUCCUAAGCCUUUACCUUCUGCUAUCACGAUGGCUUCCCCCGCUGCUGAUGUGGCCUCAGCUCCCGCUGUGGUUUCAACACCUCCUGUUGCUCCUGCUAAAAGUCCAUUAUUGAUUGACACAAACAAUGAGGACCUGUCAAAGAAGCCUGCUCAUACUGGUGAGAUUUGGAGCAAUUUGAAUGGUCUUGUUGAAAGUUACACUCAAUCUAGCAAGGCAACACUCUUGAAACCCUCUAAUGUCGCUGCUUCUCCUUCUGUAGAUGACUUUUUCGACAUGGCUGAUACGAAUGCUGAUGAUAAUAUCAAGGAAUUCAGAUUUAGUGAACGUAGUCCUGGAACUAUCACAGACACUGAACUGGAGCGCGAAAGAACUACUAUGGAAAAGGACAAUCUCGUUUCGUUUGAUAGUGAUUCGAUACCUGAUGAAGAUCAGCUCGAAUCAAAGCAAGAUAAAGCCAAUCCAGUAAAUGUUCUUGAAGACAGCUUUACUUCUUUCGAUGUCCAUGGUACUGCGUCCAUCUUAGCGCCUCUUCCAGCUAAGACGCCUGUUCUGUCGUCCUUCCUCAACAAUAACAAUGUGAAUCAAUUCCAACAAGCAUUAUCACCAGCUCAAUCUCAACCUCAGCAAGCUCAGUCACCACAAGUGCAAUCACCCCUAGUGCCCUUACAGACUCAACAGCCCGAGGUUCAAUCUGAACAGCAACAACAACAACAACAACAACAGCCGACUGAAAGUGUUGCAACUAAAGAUGCUACUGAUCGCUCUCGUACAACAUCACCGCCAUCUACCAUCAAAUCUCCAGCCGAUAUCCUCAACAGCAGACAGUUAGUUGGCCAUAAGCCUAUUACUCUCCAGUUCCUAGGCAAGCCAAACUUGGUUAUUACGCAAGAUGACGAUAUUCCUAUGAAAUGUCGUGCAUAUUGUGAGGAACAUAACUUGAUGAACAUGUUGGAUAUUGCAAUUAGCAAAGCAGAAGACUAUCGCACUGCCAGAAUUACUCGACGCAUCUUGCGUAAAUCUGGCAAGAAACCCUCUGACUUUCCACCUCCCUCAUAA